AAGUCGUUACUUCACGUUGGAAAAGUACUGAUUUGUCGGUCAUGUCCAAUUGAACCUGCAGGAAUAAGUGUUUUUUUUUUUUACAAAUAACGAAAAGGUAGAAUCCAAGUUAGAAAAACACUUAAACACUAAAGAAGAAAACGGAUGCUAGAUGUAUAAUUUGUCAAUAUUGUUUGAGUUUAUAUCGUGUAUGACUUGUAACGUCAAACGUGUCGUCAAAUUCACGUCGAUAUAACUGAUUGAAUUGAGUGGAACUCUCAAGGAUCGUUUUACCCGUCUAUCUUUCACGAUGGAUGUCAAAUCCAAGAAUGGAAUGUGGGGAAUAAUUGUGAAGGAUCUCUUGAGUAUCAGCAAGCGGCAUGAGGAAAUAUCAAAGCGCCUUGAAGAGAAUGUUAUGGAUCAAAAAGAAUAUUUGCAAGCAUUGUUCAAUCAAUUAUUACUACCAUCGUCUGUCCCGAUUGUCACAAAAACCCCAAAGAUUUCAAGGAAAAAAGUAUUAGAACGUAUUGAGACUAUACCAGAAGAUGAAGUAUUAGAACAGAAAAAUGUAGAAGAUAUUGUUCAAACUUUUCCCGAAAAAGAAAAAGAUUCAGACAAAGUAGUCCGUAGAACAAGAAGAAUAGCAUCUCUGAAAGCAGUGGAUAAUAUCACAAAGCAAAUACAAGAUUUGCACAAUACAAGACCAGCAAAAUUCAAUAAUGAAAAUGUUAGUUUCUCAGUAAAGAAAGGAAAGAGAGAGAGUAAGCUCAAGAGGAAAAAAUCUGCGCAAAACAGUUCUGAUGAAGAUGAAAAUAAGGUACGUUCUAAGUAUAGCAAAGUAGAGGUAGAUAAAGAAAACAAGGAAGAACCAGAAAAGAGAAUAAUAAGAAAAAUGACUGAACAACCUCUUCAGUCUAAUAAGGAGAUAAUUGAAAAGACCAAGGAGCAAAAUUCAUCUGAGAAAUUGCCAUGUUUCUCCAAAUCGGAAUCUGAAGAAUGUCAGGAGAAAGAAGUAAAGAAAGAGAGUGAUGCAAUUAUUUCUCCUACCACAGAUGUCAUUGAAGAAUCUAUAUACGAAGAUGCAAUUGGAAAACCAACUCCAAUUAUGAAUUCAACUCUAAAAUAUAGUUCUGUUAUGACUGAGAAAAUGUUGAAUGCCACAGUAGUAUUAGAGUCUUUACCACCACAGAGAAUAUUAAAUCAAACAGUUGUGAUCCAAAAGGAGUCGAGUCAAUUGAAUAGUAGAGAAAACAGCAAAGGAAGUUUGAAGAAAGCACAGCAAGACAGUACACGAUUGAUUAAAGAAUCUGUGGGACAAAACAUAUAUAAUGGGUUAAUUACAGAUGACGAGUCAUCACCUGAAUUAAAGAAAUCAAAGAAACAAAUUACCAAGAAGCAGAAGAAACACAUACUAUCGGUCUCCGAGGAUGACGAAGUUCCUAACACUCCUGUGAAGAAUGUAAAAGAGAAUUUUAAAGAUCCAAUUACACCCUUGGUUAAGCUCUCGCAAAUCAAAACUAUGUACAAAUCGAAUGCAUUGUUCAGUCCUUACGUGAAAGAGUCUGUGAAGAAAAGGGUCGAGGCGUUUGAGCAACAAGUGGUGACGCAGAGCCCAAAGUCUGUCGACGUGAAUGAGCCUACGAGAAUAACCAGAACAAAAACUCGUGCUAUGGCUGCCGCGGAGGCCGCAACAGAAACGAAAAAUACGGAUAAAAAUUAUACACAGAUAUUAGCUCGUAAGUCGCUCGCGAAAGCUAAGAAGAUAGCUUGCUUUGCAGAGAAGCAGAAGAAAGACAAUGAAGAAUCCAAAGAGAACAAGGAGCAAAUGCCAGAGCGAAUCAAUAAACUGACUAAAUAUGACAGGCUGAAUGCAAUGCCACAAUUAAAAACAACACCUCUGAACAAACCGAAACUCGUAACUCCAAUGUCUGCAACUCGUCUUCAAACUCCGUCAAGCACACAAAAUCUUGUGAAUCAUGGAAAAGCUUUAACCGCCUCGCGCGCGAAUAUCGUGAUUACCAUGGAGUCAUUUGUACAAGUUCCAAAGACUGCCAGUAAAAACAACUCUGCUGACAAAUUAGAAGAUAAAAGACGACACGAGGAAGAUGCGAUGAAGAAGAGAAAGGAAGCCUUGAAAUUACUGACGGAGGAAAAGAGAAGAAAGCGAGAAGAGAAGGAAUUGAAGAACAAGUUAGCCAGAGAAGCUAAGGAGAAGCAGGAAUUAGAGAAACGGCAAAAGGCAGAGAAAGAAAGAGAAGAGAGGGCGAAGCUGGCUCAGCUGAUGCAGGAAAAGCAGCGCGAGGAAAUGGAAAAGAAGCGCCUUGCACAAUUGCAGCGAACGCAGGAGAAGGAGGAACGUCGAAAAUUAGAAGAGCAUCAGAGAUUACAGAAAUUGUUAGAACAAGAGGAGGCGGAACGUUUGCUCGCCGAGCAAAAGCGUCGAGAACAGGAGGCCGAGAGACGUAAAGAAAUGGAAGUGAGAGUCCAGCAACAGGCUGAAGCGAUAAGAUUGAAGAAUAUGGCGCAAACGGCUCAAGUUAAACACAAACAAGCUGGUAAUAAGCAACAAGGGACUACGAAUUAUGUGUUAGACAGCGAACCUGACGAUGACGAAUCGGACGAUGAGAAUAGACCGAAACACGAAAUACCACAUUGGGCACAGACACAUGUACGCAAGGUGCAACUGGCAAUGCAACGGCACAUUCCAAAUGAAAUAGUGUACAAAUUCUUCGACACUCGUAAGUGCACGCCGGAUUUGACCGAGCUAUUUCAAGGUAUAGAUCGAAAUCGAUUGAAGCGUACCUCCAGUGCAAUCUGGAAAACGCCGCCGCGUUUUUCCAUGAUGGAAGGCGAAUAGGAUUCUCGAAUCGAAGCGCAAAUAUUACGAAUUUAAUAUCGUAGGAGAUAAUUGAUCGUGAUGUUGUGUCAUAACGAUUUUACUAUAUCAGACGAUCGAACGUAUUGUAUGCAUAUGAAAAUGUGAGGGCGCAUUGUUCAUUGCUACAAAUGUUCACACAACAAUAUAUGUAACGUGCGUUUUGUUCGACGAUAUUUAGUGUUCGCUACUUCUUUAUAUAUAAAUAUUAUAUCUUUGCUAAAAGGAGAUUAAAGACUUUUGUAGUACGCAAUUGGUUAAUCGGUAUUAGAGAGUCAUUAUGUCGAGGUUUUAAUGCAACUACUGCACGUUUUUAAUGCUCGUGUUUUAAUGCACGACUACUACUAAUUCAAAUAAAUUAGUACUCAAUUAUUUCACAUUAUUUAUAUAUUUAUAUUAAGAUAUAUAUAUUAUUGGUUCAUCAUUUUGUCGACUUAUUGAAGACUCAACGUUGCGACGAAGUAACUUUCGUAGAUAUGUCUUUGUUGCGGUUGAACGCAUUCACGAUGGCUUCAAUGCUCUUCUUAAAUACACUUACUAAAGUCGAGAUUACCGUAAUGUAUUAGAACAUCUUGUACGAGAUCCUUCCAGUGAUUCAGAAUAAAAAUCAAUACGUAAAAUCUA